AUGUCAACACGCGCCCUCGCCGCGAGUUCGCUCGUCGUGCCUCGCCUGCUGCGCACCGAAUGCGGCUCGUCGGCCUCGCCCCAGUCGCUUCGCUUCUUUUCCACAUCUUCCUCUCGUCACCUGGCCGAGAUUCGAAGCGUCGCGACUCUCCCGAAGCGGACGGUGCCGAGGUACCUGCAGAGCACGAAGCCGGGCUCCUCGCUGCUCUCGCUCCGGUGGCCUCGACCGCCGCGAAACCUGCUCCUCGUCCAGAAGCUCUACUCGGCCGAGGUCAGCCAGUCCGUCGUGCGCUUCGCCAAAUACGUUCGGAGCGAAUAUCCCGAAGUCAACUUCGUCGUCGAGCCGCGCACGUCUUCCUCCAUACAAGAGCAGCUCGGCUUCCCCAUCCACGUGCCCGACGGCGGAUCGAACAUGGCCGACAAGAUCGACGUCAUCGCAACCUUUGGCGGCGAUGGGACCGUCCUGCGAGCGGCCAGCCUCUUCAAGCUGCACGGAUCCGUCCCCCCCAUCCUCUCCUUCAGCAUGGGAACCCUCGGCUUCCUCGGCGAGUGGGAUUUCCGCGAGCACAAGAAGGCCUGGAGGGAGAUGUACAUGAGUGGAAGCGACGUGGCCGUCCAAGACGCCGCCGUGCCGCGCGGAGGACGGGACGGCGCCCUCGAGGCGGCGGCCGCGUCGUUUCCCGGUUGGGAGUGCAUGAGGGGCAAGAGCCUGGGCGUCCGUCGCGCCUCCAAGAUCCUCCUCCGUCACCGCAUUAAAGCCGACAUUUUUGACGGCGCCGGCACCAACGUCAACCACCACGUCGCCGAGUCGCAGCCGGAGCUGGCCGGCACCGAGGAACCAUCGCCGUCGCUGCGUGCCAUCAACGAAAUCUCGGUCCACCGGGGGUCGCACCCGCAUCUGGCCGUCAUCGACGUCUACCAGAACGGCCACUUCUUGACGGAAACGACGGCCGACGGCAUCCUGGUGAGCACGCCGACGGGGUCGACGGCGUACAGCCUGAGCGCCGGGGGGCCCAUCGUUCACCCGCUCGUCAAGUCGCUGCUCAUCACGUCCAUCAGCCCCUGCAGCCUGAGCUUUCGUUCCCUCGUCCUGCCGCUCGACACCAAGGUGUGCCUGCGGAUGAGCGCCAAGAACCGAGGGCGCGAGCUCGACCUCAGCAUCGACGGCAAGCGAUGCUUGGGCGUGUCCCCGGGCACGGAAAUUCGCAUCGAGGGCGAGUUUGUCGGCCGCGCAGGCCCCGGCGAGGAAUGGCACGGCGGCGUUCCGUGCGUGAUCAAGGCCGAGGACGAUGAUCCUUGGGUCGGAGGCCUCAACGGCUUGCUCAAGUUCAACCACCCCUUUGGCAGGGAGCCGCACAGCGAUGAAUUUUCCGACUAG